AAAGUAGACAUUCAACCGGGAAGGGUAAAUUCGGCAGCGCAAUCUUUUUACUCUCUCUCUCUCUCUUGGAUUCGACGAAGAGCCAGAACUCGCCAUGGCUCUCCUCCACCCCUGCUCCUGCACAACCCCUCCUUCCCCUUCCCCUAUCCUUCCCUUCAAAAACUCGACACCCAAUCGCCUCUUAUUUACAUCCCCUGCCCUCUGCCGCCGUUUUCCCCCCAACCGUCUGACCCCGCGGCUGAAAGCUGCUCUCGCCGUAGAGUCUCCGGCCGUUUCCGGCAAAAACAGCGGCGGCAACUCACCGGAGAUACUUCUCGAGGUCAAAGACCUCUCCGCCGUUAUUGCCGAGUCCAAGCAGCCGAUACUCAAGGGCGUAAACCUCUCUGUCUACGAAGGAGAGGUACAUGUAGUCAUGGGGAAGAAUGGUUCUGGAAAGAGCACUUUUGCAAAGGUGCUUGUUGGUCAUCCUGAUUAUGUGGUAACAGGAGGCAGUAUUGUUUUUAAAGGCGAGAAUGUGCUUGACAUGGAUCCAGAAGAAAGGUCUCUUGCUGGGCUUUUUAUGAGCUUCCAGUCUCCAAUUGAAAUCCCCGGAGUGAGCAAUAUUGACUUCCUACAGAUGGCAUAUAAUGCUCGAAGAAGAAAACUUGGUCAGCCUGAACUUUCACCAAUUGAGUUCUACGGCUACAUCUCUCCCAAACUCGAGCUUGUGAAUAUGAAAGUAGACUUCUUAAAUAGAAAUGUUAAUGAAGGGUUUAGCGGCGGCGAAAGGAAGCGCAAUGAGAUUUUCCAACUUGCGGUUCUGGGUGCAGACUUGGCUAUAUUAGAUGAAAUUGAUUCUGGGUUAGAUGUUGAUGCACUUAGAGAUGUAGCCAAAGCUGUGAAUGGGAUUUUGACAACCAAGAAUUCUGUUUUGAUGAUCACUCAUUAUCAUAGACUUUUGGAGUACAUUGAACCCACUUACGUCCAUAUUAUGGAGGGCGGAAGAAUUGUGGAAACAGGAAAGGAGUCUGUAGCAAAACGUAUAGAGAAAGAAGGUUAUAAUGCAAUUCCUGCCGCAUAAAAUCGCUGGGCACUCAAAAUCUGCAAAUGAUUCAAUAAGCCAUGGAGGAAAGAAAGACAUAUAGAGCCCUGUUCCAACUCGCUUACCAUACAGUUCUUUAAUCAGGCAAAGCUGAUCUAAAGAUGAAUUCUUUGGUUUUAUUCGUGGAGAUGUGGGAGGUGAGCCCAGUUUGGCCGAAUGAUGAAAGUACUUGUGAUAACAUUGUGAUAACAAAGCUCUUGUUUGUCCAAAUACGUCUUCCCAUUGAGAUUGUGAAAAUUAGUUUUGGCAAGUAAUUGUUGUUACUGUGAAAGAGUUAGAAGAUUGUUUAUUGAAUUACUGGGAGAAGGCUUCAAUGUAGUUGAGAUGUGGGUUUGAGAAA